AUGAGUGAAGGCAGUGAAGCCUUUAGGAAGAUUGAGGAGAAGCUAAGGGAGCUGAAGUUUAGUGUUAACUCGGAUGUUGUCCAGAGUAUCUAUGAGAUGGCUGUGAAAGAGGACUGUGAGGCCGAGGAUCCUAGCAAACUCAUUGAGAAGCUGGUUGAGGAUGGGACGCUGAUGAGGUUGCAGUUGAACUCGAAGGAGGGCGACAAGAAAGGGCUCAAUGAGGAGUGGAGGGCUUCGCGCAGGAGUGGGGUGUAUUCUGAAAGGGUUACGCCGGAGACGUUUCAGCUGAAGUAUUAUCCGAAGGACGAGAAGACGAUGAGGUUUCUUAGUGACAUUCUUGUUGGAGACAUCCCGUUUGGGUUUAUGAAUCCCGAGCAGAAGAUAAGACUGAUUGAGUCGAUGGAGCUUAUUGAGAUCAAGUGUGGGACGUUUGUGAUGCACGAGGAGGAUGUUGGGUCGCAGAUGUAUAUUGUGGAUAGCGGGGAGUUUGAGGUUACAAGAGGGGGAAGCCUUCUCAGGAGGUUGUCGAGAGGAAGUCUUUUUGGGGAGAUAGCACUUCUGCAUAACAUUCCAAGAACAGCCACGGUCAAGGCGGUUACCGAUGGGAAGGUGUGGGUUGCGGAGCAAACGUCAUUUUCUGGAAUAAGGAUGAUGGACAGGAUUCUGAACAAAAGGAUUGUCCUGGAGGGUCUGAAGGAGCACAAGGUUUUCCCGUCUUUUAGGGAGGAGGACUAUGAGGGAAUUCUGAGUUCCUUGAGCUUUGUGUAUUACAAAAAGGGAAGCAAGGUGGAGGUCAAGGAUUCUGAGUUUCUAAUGAGUUUAUUUGAAGGGGAGAUUGACGACGGAAAGACCAGGAGAAUCAAGGCAAAGGAGAUUAUUAGCAAGGGGUUUACUGCGGUGAGUGCAAUACAGGGUGCGCAUAUAUCUAGAGAGAGCCAGAGAUAUGGGGUCCAUGUUAACGGGGGUCGGAGGCGUGACCUAUGA